AGAAUGAAGCUGAAAUUGGAUCCUCUCACCACCAUCACAUACAGCCAUCAUCAGUUUCACAUAAUCAUCCUCAACAUGCUCUCCCCGACGCGCGCUUAUAAAACCUACACGCAUCGCAGAUUCAGAUUAUUAUAAGGACCUUCCGUUUGUAUGUUUUGAUAUGAAAUCAUGCAUUUCAUAUCGCCGUGGGGAGAGGACAAUCAUGCAUGUGUCUGACUGACGGAAAAAACACGGAUUUUUAUUAGCCCAUGUUUUCAGACACCAUGCACAACUAACCAACAGACACCAUUGAUGAUUGAUAAGAGUGGGGUCGGGUGGCCAUGGACCCCUUCAGCCAGCUGAUCCUGCUCAUCUCGGUGGUGAGUUUUUGCACCUUCCAGUGGCUCUUUCACAGCGUGAGCCCCUGGGCGUCGUCCAGAAUCAGCCCUGGCUUCCUCAAACUCACCCACAAACAGAAGAUCGAGUGGAACUCAAGGACUGUGUCCACGCUCCACGCUCUGUUGGUCGGCCUUUUCUGCCUCUACAUCCUGUUCUUCGAUGAGGCCGUCAAUCAGGACCCCGUAUGGGGAGAUCCUACUCUGGUGAAGAUAAACGUGAGCAUUACUACAGGCUACCUCAUAUCUGAUCUGCUGCUUAUAUUUUACUAUUGGAGAGCAAUAGGAGACAAGUUUUUUGUAAUCCACCACCUGGCAGCAUUGUAUGCUUACUACUAUGUACUGGGUCAAGGAAUGUUGCCUUAUUUUGCUAACUUCCGUCUGCUUGCAGAGUUUUCCACACCGUGUGUAAACCAACGCUGGUUCUUUGAAGUGUUAGGUUACCCCAAAGUCUCCAAGCCCAACAUGGCUAACGGGGUACUGAUGGCGGCUGUGUUUUUCCUGGUGCGGAUCGCUGUCAUGCCAGUAUACUACACCCGAAUGUGCUCCGUGUACGGCACGGAGGCCUUCUACAGGGUCUCCUUCGGCGGCCGCAGCGCUUGGAUCUUCUCCAGCAUCUGUCUGGACAUCAUGAACGUCAUGUGGAUGCAUAAAAUCGCCCGCGGCUGCUACAAAGUCUUGCGUUCCAGCCGGAGGUCCAAACCUGAGAGCCAGGAGAAUGGAAAAACCGAUUGAGCGAAAGGAACUGGCUUGAAGGACGUUCGAAUUUGCUCACAAGCAGGGUUGUUGUCAUAUUGAAGAUCUUCAAGGGAGUGGACACUAUUGCGUGAUAGUGACCCGGUAGAGAAUGAAAACCACCCCCAGAGCAAUAUUUCACAGAGUUAAGACCUGAAACUCUGACAAAAUGAGAUCUAGUACACCAGAAAAGACUGGCCGCCCACUUUUAUUUUGUGUUUGUUUUAAAAACUGUACAAGACCACCGGCUGAACUGUAUUUUACUGUUUGUUUCUACAGUAAACACCUGAGGGUGGUUUUGAUUUUAAACCGUGGGCAGGUAAACCACAUUAUUUAUUCAUCAAAGUUCAGUUCGUCGCUCUCAAUCACUGUACUGUGCAAAGGGGCCAAGCGGUCAGUGAGUCACCUGAUGUUCACGUUUACUUCAAAGCCGCGAAUACUGACUGUGAAAGAUUCAUCCACACAACUGCACUGCACUAAACGAGGAAAAUCAGCGAUCAGGAUCAGACGAAUCUCUUGGAAAAUCCACCGUCAUGCUGUACUUGCGAUGUAUUAGAUAUUUUAUCUGAUGGACCGUUGAGAUCCGACUUCUGUCGACGUGGUCAAAUGUGGGUUAAAUAGCCAAAAAAUAUUUUAUAUGUAUAGAAGAUACGAGCAGUAAACUCUUCUCAUUGCAAUUACAUUAAUACGAAACUGUUUUAAGAAUGAAAUCGGUUUACACUCGCUCCAGAUUCCGUUCGGAUUCCGUUGUGUUUCCACGAAACAGACGUCACGAUUUGUUCGCACUGUACAGUUAAUUGCAUGCGGCAAUGUUGUUCUCUGAAUGUUUGCAUUGUACAUAGAAAUUUUAUUGAACAUACGAUAAUUAUUUUAAUUACGUUCGUGUACAGUGUAUCCAAUCAAUACCGAACUUAAAUGAUCGAUUUAUGAUUUGGAAAUGGUUUUAAAAGGAAAUUCAAUUUGUGUAGCUCGUGAAUGUUCGAGGAGUUCUCGACGCCGGUGUCGAAUAGUUUUCCUGCAUCGUAUCUAAUUUAUUGAACCAGUUUUACACUGGGAAAGGCAUGAUAAUGUUUGUACGACAUAUUUAUUAUUUUUUAACGGAAAGAUAUAAAAGUCGUCAAUGUAUCUGAGUAGAUAUACAGCAUAUGAGAGAUUUCACAAUACAGAGAUACUUUUAUGAAUUCAUUGUCACUAUGUAAGACAAAUGUAGUGUAGAAUAUUCAUGCUGUACACACAUGCAUUCAGUGGCGGCACAGAUGUGAGUGCAUGAGUAGUUUUACUGAUUUAUGAAAGACAGCUUCAUCGAUUUGCGUGGAAACAAUUUUAAAUAGGCUCUGUUUUUAUUGAACUUAGUACUUGAAUUUUGAAAUGCGUUAUUCUGAGAGACAGACCUAUGAAGAAUUGUCUUUUAUUGGCACAAAUUAUACAGGAAUCCAUUGUGAUUUUUGCCUUUGCAUUCAAUCACUUAAAAUGCCUUUUUGUUUUGUUCAAUAAACAUCUUUUAUUUACUA